CCGAGAGCUAUUCACCUUUCGGGAUACACCACUGUACAGUUGAGGAUAACGAGGGACAAAUUACAGGCGAUGUUUCCACGAAGAAAGAUUCCGGUGGUCGACCUGGGACAACUGGGUGAGUAGUCGAAUACAAAUGAUUCCUACCCAUGUUGCUAGCAACAUGUGAAAAAUUGGCUGAGAAGUUGAAAAGGUUGGGAAUUUUGUACACAGGUGUACAACACUGAAAUUCCACCAAUCAUCUCAUGAAGUUCAGGGACGCCCAACUAGUGUACAACACCGAAAUUCCACCAAUCAUCUCAUGAAGUUCAGGGACGCCAACUAGUGAUCAAAGAAACUAAUUUCCGCAGACGCAAGUGCCUUGACUCUUCACUAAUAGCUGUUUCUAAUACAAUUAAACAAAACAAAGGCAGCUUCACCAUCUCUGAAGUCCUAGCAAGAAUCCUCCUGAAAACAGUAAACCCUGCCAUCACAUAGUCUCUCCUGUUAAUACUACACAAGCACAUUACAGAGAAUGAACAUUGAAACAGGCCUUCUCUAUCCAGCCUCCAAUAGAAAAUUUGUCUAACCUAUUUUUAUGUUUCCCAAGUAAUAGCUUUUAUAUCCUUUUACUCAUGUGCAAGUUAACUGUUCUAACAUAAUGUAUUACCACUACUACUACUUAUAUCAUUACUACUACUUAUAUCACUACUACUACUACUACCACUAGUAUUGCACCUCAUUCUGAGCCAAUAUAUACCCUCUGUGUCCAUGUACUGUUUGUAAGUGAUUAGGAGGGACGAGGAGAGUAGACACACAUCGAGCAAGAGAGAGCAACAUUCACUUCAACGAGGGGUUUUCAAGAAGACAUUGCCUGAUUGGUUGAUAUCUGGACAUUCUUCAUCUUGGCUCCAGGAUUCUGUGCGUCGCUGGCUGCCUGCCCCAGGGCAGACCGUUGGCCUCUGCACUCCUGCAUCUGGGUGAAGUCUUCCCACCUCAUCUUGUUAUCAUAUCACCUCUACCAUCUCCAUGAUGUCACAUCGUGUGAAAAUUAAGCCUAAGUCUGCUGUCGUCGAUGACGCCACGAAGCUUGAGCUUGCAGCUUCUCUCAACACUUGUCUUCACGCAAAGUUCUCCAAGAUUACGUCACUGAAAGGAGCUUUCAUCGUCACUUUUCUCGUUGAUGCUGAAGCUGACAAAGUGCUUACACCUACUGCCAUGAAGACCUUAGAAGACCGCUGCUUUACCAUCUCCACGUCACCAUACAUGCUUGCAAAACGUGCAGUGUUUAUGAAACGUCUUGACAGGCUGAUCAUGGGCCAUCCAGGAAAUUGAGUCAUCACUUGAAGACCUCAACGCCUGGGCCAAGAUUGACUCUGUUAUGAAGAUCCCCAACGCUUCCUCAAUGCUCAAGGUCACAUUCCUAGACGUUUCCAUUGCAACCAGAGCACUGUCUGAUGGCCUGGCCAUCUCUUACUACUACAUCAACCCUCGACAGAUUGAACCUGAACGCUUCACGUACAUAACACCUUGCUGGACAUGUUACUCGUACAGUCACUCUACUGCCGACUGCCAUGUGAAGAAUAAGAAGAUAUGUUCCACCUGUGGGUCUGCAGGACACGAUUUUCGUUCUUGCACUUCCACUGCUGCUCCCACUUGCAGCAACUGUAAGAGUGAUCACCAUACUCUUGCAGCCAAAUGUCCAGUGCGUAAGGAUAUCCUCUCUAAGAAACUGAAGGAAGAAACAAAGAAGCCAUCUGGAACCUCUCCUACAUACGCUGCAAUUGCCAAGAUUCAAUCUACAACAUCCAAGAUUCUACAAGCCACUCAACAGUCGUCUCCACCACCUCUCACUACCCAACCUCCACCUGAUGAUAUCUCUACCAAAUUCUAUUACUGCAUGAUGUUUGCUCACAUGCAAAAUGCUGCAAAACCUGGCUCUUUCAACACGACUAUUAAUGAACUUCUUGCACUUAACAACAUGCCAUCAUUUAACUUCCCUGCAAGUCCACCAUCAGCUGAGAUUUUGAAAAUAAUCCCGAAGAUCGUCAGUUUUGAAGCGCCAGAUGACUUGAAGGAAUUAAUAAUUGAUAACGACGACGCAUCCUCUUUUGAAUCCUUUAAUCAACAUUCACUUGAUAACAUCCAAGACAGCACCACGCCUCCUAUUCGUCGAUUGGCUCGUCGUGGCGGCGCAAAUAUCAUUCCUUCGCCUCCACUCACCACUACACAAAUGGACCAAUCAGAAGCCACGAUUCCACCACAGUCUUCUAUACACUCUGUAGAGGAGACACCAACAUUGAAUGAACCUUCAAUGCUGCAACCACCAACAAAAACCUCACCAGCCAUCACUCGACGUAUUAAUACAGAAGACCAACACCGAGAUCAAUACCUGCACUGGAAAGAUAUAACUUUUUAUACGACUCCUGACCAAGAACCCACCAUGAAUGUCGACACUUUGUACGAGAAAUUACUCGACAGUACAGUCGAGUUUACAAAUCGUAAAGAACCCAUUGCUCCUUCACAGCACUCAAGAUGAUCUUUGACCAGUUACAAGCCGACCCAGCAUUUCGACCCAAGAUUACAAGACUACUCAUCGUUUCCUCCCAACAACUGCACAACAUAAGGAAUGCCUCCAACACUGAAAAAAUGAUGUAACUCCUGACUCACACUUUAACGACACCUGAACAAUCAAGAAGCUAGCCUCCCUUGACCACGCCUCCAGCUUCUGCCAGCCGCCAAUCAACAUCAAGAAUGCAAGAUGCAGAUAGCUUGUCAGCCGGACGACUGAGUGUUCUCCUGUUUUUUGUGUUGCUGUUUCCGUCUGCUUCCAAGGCUUAGCUGUUGGGUUUAGUCCUGACUCCUCUCUUCGACUCAAGACUUCCUCUCACCAACUAUUCUUCGAGCUGUCCCCACUUGCCCCUCGCCCCUAGUGGGUCCUUACCUGUGAGUCCUCUGUUCUGUUCUGUUCUGUUUGUAAGGGCUUGACAAAGCUCAUGGAGAGCGAAAC